GCGUCGAAGAAAGAGGAGGCCCGGGGGAAGGGCGGCGGGUGCAUUGCAAGCCACAAGGUGGAGAAGCGAGUCGCCGAUUGGCCAGCCCCCGGAUUGCCGCUGGGGCAAUUGUGUGAUCAUCAGCCUUUUGCAGCAACGGGGAAGGAGCACGAGCUGGUCUCCCGCAGCCGUUUCUCCAGGAGCUACUACGUGCUCUUCGGCAACAGCAGGAGCCAGAAGUGGAGAAGGAUAAGGGUGUCUUCCGACUCCCCAAGCGUGCGUGCCGAUCUCUGCAACUUCACAUCAUAGCUCCUCUUUUGCCAUCUGGGACUCUGCGCGCAGAAGAACGGAGGAGAGAAAGAGGAGGCACUGUUAGCAACACUAACCCUGCCCUCCGUGGGUUUGCAUUACAGGAACAUGCAGUGAUUUGCUGCUUUGCCUUUAGACCCAUCCCAACCAUCAGGGUGUGUGGUAUAUGGUGUGUGUGGGAGGGGGAGAUCUACUGUCUCUGUAAUAAAUGAUAGAGGAUACAAUGACUUUGCUCUCUUUGCUGGGUCGGAUCAUGCGUUACUUCUUACUGAGACCAGAGACGCUGUUCCUGCUAUGCAUCAGCCUGGCCCUAUGGAGCUACUUCUUCCAUACGGAUGAAGUGAAAACCAUUGUCAAGUCCAGCAGGGAUGCAGUGAAGAUGGUGAAGGGCAAAGUAGCAGAAAUUAUGCAAAAUGAUCAACUUGGGGGUCUAGACGUGCUGGAUGCAGAGUUUUCCAAGACCUGGGAGUUUAAGAACCACAAUGUGGCUGUUUAUUCCAUCCAAGGCCGGAGAGACCACAUGGAAGACCGGUUUGAAGUGAUCACGGAUCUGGUGAACAAGACUCAUCCAUCCAUAUUUGGGAUAUUUGAUGGACACGGUGGAGAGUCAGCAGCAGAAUAUGUGAAGUCCCGCUUACCAGAAGUCCUAAAGCAGCACCUUCAGGAUUAUGAGAAAGAUAAGGAGAACAGUGUAUUAUCCUAUCAAACCAUCCUGGAACAACAAAUUCUCUCAAUUGACCGAGAAAUGCUGGAAAAAUUGACUGUAUCCUAUGAUGAGGCAGGAACAACAUGUUUGAUUGCUUUACUGUCCGAUAAAGAGCUCACAGUGGCCAACGUUGGCGAUUCAAGGGGGGUCUUGUGUGAUAAGGAUGGAAAUGCUAUUCCUUUGUCUCAUGAUCACAAGCCCUACCAGCUGAAAGAAAGAAAGAGGAUUAAAAGAGCUGGUGGCUUCAUCAGUUUCAAUGGUUCCUGGCGUGUUCAGGGGAUCCUGGCCAUGUCUCGUUCUCUUGGGGAUUACCCGUUGAAGAAUCUGAAUGUUGUCAUCCCGGAUCCAGAUAUCUUGACCUUUGACCUGGACAAACUCCAGCCAGAGUUCAUGAUCUUGGCUUCUGAUGGGCUCUGGGAUGCGUUCAGUAAUGAGGAAGCGGUGCGAUUCAUCAAAGAACGUUUAGAUGAGCCACAUUUUGGAGCCAAGAGCAUAGUGCUCCAAUCUUUUUAUAGGGGAUGUCCUGACAACAUUACAGUCAUGGUGGUUAAGUUCAAAAGCAGCAACAGAGCGGAAGACCAGUAAAAAAAAGAAAGAAAGAAAGGGGGAGGGGGGAGAAAGAGAAAUAAAAGAAAUACCACGCUCUGCCUCUCACUUGGCGAACUUCUUCAUUUAACCUUUACACUUCAACACAGUAGACAGUGGUAGCAAGUAUAUUAGUAUUAAAAUUGUACAUCCAAAAAUGAGAGUAGAAAAAAAAACCCAGUCUUUUUGGUAAACACAGCAAACAAAAUUGACAAUUCAAUUUAUUUUAUUUUUAAAUGAAAAGGAUCCCGUACCUUUAUUCUCUAGAUCUCUAAUGAAAAAUCCUUCAAUUAUAAAGGCCUGUGACUCCUGCUUCAGAGAUUCCAAAGGACUGCAAUUCCCUUAGUCUUCACAUAACAGCUUAGAAUUGCGUUUGGACUUGGGCAGCUGAGACACGAUAGGAACAGCUGAUUGCUUGGAAGCAGUUGGUAAAACUGACAUGGGGUUUGCCACCAGGGUGACUAUCCAUUCUAGCAUCCUCUCCUUCAUACCGCAACAUCUGCUUAGUUAAAGUGCAGAAAGAACAAAAAUGGGUAGCUAACAGUUUCAUAACAAGGAGGUACCAAUGAGUCCAUAACAGAUAGGUACUGUCUCUUUCCAUUGGUAUACUUCCUACUAUAUCAUUAGCAUUAAACAAUUAAGCUUUUCCAUUGCUGUGCUUAUAAGGUUUGUGUGCAUGCCGCAAAAUAAUCUUUGUUUCUUAAAAAAAAAAACUAGCAGCAGAUAGCUUUUCCAUGCUCACUUAAAAAUGUCCCCCUUAUUAAUUCUUGUUUCUCGAUGAGCUGAAUUAAUUCUUGUUUCUAGUUUUGGGCCAUAAUUAUGUGUAGUUCAGACAUCAAAAACCACGGUAUAAAAUGUAUUUGUAGCUUAGAAGAUUCUGAUAUAAGACUUCAGCAUUUUUAAAUUUGUAUUUAGGCGAUCAGGCUAGCAUAUUAAUGAAGCAAGUAAACUGAAAUAGGAACUUGGUGCCAAACUCAUGGAAGAUACAGGUAGAGCAUUUUUCUUUUCUUUUUUCAUUAGUGGUGAAGCUUUGUUCCAAAACAAGCAAGCAAGUUUUACGAUGUAAAUAUUUAAUGAUGUCAGUUAUCAAAAGCCAGCCCUAGUACCAAGUGUUCCCUGCAUGUAGCUGCUAUUUGAAAUCUAUGGGGUUUGUUAUGAGCUGGCUGCUUAAUUCCAGUGUGUCUAUCAUCUGCGUAUCUCACGACCAAUUUUAUGCAGAUUGAUAGUUCCAGAUGUGUUGGGCUGGAGUUCCCAUAAUUCCAACCUCUGGGGCAAGUGAAAAGUUGGGAAAGCUUUGGGUAACCAGAUAGACUUUGUUGUAAUCAGUGACGGUAUCUGACCUUGAGCUAUUCUAAUUGUAACCUCUUUCUAUCCUGCAAAUUAGGGGGCACGAUCAGGCUUUCUGAUUUACAGUGGACCCAGUAGAAUUUUUCUGCAAGCAGAAGAGGGAUCAAUGGAUGCUAUCACAGAGGAACUCAAAUAGCAUUAUUUCCAAAAGAAAACAAAAUUAGACCUGUUUAUACAUGGAAUAUUGCCCAUGUCUACAGGUUGUAAUUUAGAAUCAAAACUAUAGAAACGUGAGUCAAAAGGCCCCAUUGGAUAGCUACAAAGAUUUUAGAAUAUAGCUUCUCUGUUCUAAUUAAGGUGCUCUAAUUAAUUGGACAUUGCCAGGAUUAAUAAUUUGUGAAGUGCUAUUUAAUCAUCGUAUUUCAUUUUCCAUUGGUAUAUAGAGGUUCUCCUGAACAAUUAACUCAAGAGGCAACAGGGAAGGUGUCUUAAUCCGUCCCUGAAGUAGUUGAGUAAUUUGAAGUUCAUACAAUGGAUUAAGACAGAGGUGGGCAACCAUGGUCCUUUUACGCCUUGUAAACAUGGCUGCUUCAAGAAUUCUGGGAGUUGAAGUCCACAGGUCAUAAUGGGGCCAUAAUUGUCCACCUUUGGAUUAAGAUAUACCAAGUGUGCAUUAGUUACUUCCAAAAUCUUUAUUUCUUGCCUUUGUUAUGUCUUCUUAGAGAUAUUACUUAGAUUCUCAAAAUAUUACUAGUUUUACUAGUUUUGAUUGAAUGAUUACUUGCCAUCAAGUUGAUAUUGACUCUUGCAGAUCACAUAGAUUUCCUCCAUGAUAUCUGUCCCUAACUGGUCCUUCAGGUCUUCUACCAAUGCACUCAUUGCUAGUUACUGUUUAUCCUCUUCUUUUUCCUUUCCCCUUUCGAGCAUUAAAACCUUUUCAGAGAGCUAGGCCUUUGUAUAAUGUCUAAAACAGGAUGGGUUUAGCUUCAAAUUACUUGGGUGAUGAAAAAAAAAAUAAGAUGCUUCCCCAAUCUUUAUUUUGUUACAUUCUUAUACAAAAAUGAAGAGGCAUCUUUAAAAA